UACUACAGUGAAGCUGAAGCAAAAGCAUCCUACAUCUUUGAAAAUUAAGGAGACAGAUUUUUUUUUUUUUUCCAAAGGCAAAUUAAAGAGACAGAUUGCCCAUACAAAGAAAAGAGAGACAACAAAGAAAAAGGGACCUUCCUUUUGGUUUCGUCUUUGUACGCACCGUACAUUUUCUUUAACUUUUUCUUUUUCUUUUUUCUAUCUCCAGUUUCUUUCUUUUGAUGCCCUUUUCUUUUCAGAUCUUCCUCAGCUUUUUAUCAGUUUAUAGUUUUCCUUUUCACGGGAUGCAUCUUUUGAGACUAGCAAUUAAUAAUUUCAAUUUUGGGAAUUGAAGUCUAUUGCUUGGAGUUUAGAAGCCAGUGGAAAAGGAAUCUAACACAAUCGACUGUUAACCAAACAAAGGGAUCAGCUGGGGUUUGAUCUUCGUGAAUCUUUAGCUAUGGGGGAAUAUGGUUCUGUGCUUCCAGAAUUCGAAAGAGAAGAAGACUUAAUUGCAGCGGCGAAACACAUUGCGAGGGCGUUGGGGUCAAAAAAGAACCUUACUGAUGAUGCUAAGAAAAUCUUGGCUGACCUGGGUUCCCAAUUGUCUAACAUAACCAUAAUCAAUGAAGACAAAGUUGAGAGGGUAAGUGAGAUUGAGGAACGUUUAAAUGUUGUUCAGGAGAAGAUUAUGAGUUGGGAGAGUGAUCAAUCUGUGAUAUGGGAUUCAGGUCCUAAUGAAGCUGCCGAGUAUCUAAAUGCUGCCGAUGAGGCAAGAAAGUUGACUGAAAAGUUGGAGGCUUUGUCUUUGAAUAAAGAUGAUGGGGAAAAGGAGUUGUUGCGAAGGGCACACGAUACCCUUCAAAUAGCAAUGGCAAGGCUUGAGGAAGAGUUCAAGCACAUGCUUGUUCAAAACAGGCAACCUUUUGAGCCAGAACACGUCUCUUUUCGCUCAAGUGAAGAGGAUACUGCUGAUUUUAGCUCUGUAAUCUCACUCGGGGAUGACUCGGUUGAGGAAUCAAUGCACAGAGAUAGUAUUAGCAGAAAUUCAGAGGAUUACAUCAUUGAUUUGGUUCAUCCAGAAGUAAUUUCUGAACUCAGAUGUAUUGCAAAUUUGAUGUUCAUUUCCAGUUAUGAUCAUGAAUGUUCCCAGGCAUAUAUUAAUGUCAGAAGGGAUGCCUUGGAUGAGUGUCUAUUUAUCCUUGAAAUGGAGAAAUUCAGCAUUGAGGAUGUGUUGAAAUUGGAGUGGGGCAGCUUAAAUUCCAAGAUCAAGAGAUGGGUUCGAGCAAUGAAGAUCUUUGUGCGGGUAUAUCUUGCGAGUGAAAAAUGGCUGGCUGAACAAAUCCUUGGAGAAAUUGGAACAGUUAAUCUGGUUUGCUUUACUGAGGCUUCAAAGGCUUCGAUUUUGCAGCUACUGAAUUUUGGUGAAGCUGUAUCUAUAGGCCCCCACAAACCAGAGAAGUUGUUUCCUAUUCUAGAUAUGUAUGAAGUUCUUGCAGAUCUUCUUCCAGAUAUAGACUCAUUAUACUCGAAUGAGGCUGGCUUUUGUGUUAGAACUGAUUGUCGUGAGGUUCUAAGGCAAUUGGGAGACUCUGUGAAGGCAGCAUUUCAUGAAUUUGAGAAUGCUAUUGCAACAAAUGUGUCACCAAACCCUUUUGCAGGAGGGGGAAUUCACCAUCUCACUAGGUAUGUCAUGAAUUAUCUCAACACACUAACUGACUACCGUGAGACCCUCCAUUUUCUCCUCAAGGAUCGUGAUGGAGAGCAUCGCAUUUCAUUGUCCCCUGACAAUAGUCCACCAGGUGAAGAAGAGAACGCGAGUAGAAAUACAUAUAAUGCGUCCUCAAUGUCUCUUCACUUCCGAUCAGUUGCUUCAAUUCUAGAAUGCAACCUGGAAGAUAAGGCCAAGUUGUAUAGGGAUCCUUCCUUGCAGCAGGUAUUCAUGAUGAACAACAUACAUUACAUGGCUCAAAAGGUUAAGAAUUCAGAGCUUAGGCAUAUAUUUGGAGAUGACUGGACACGGAAGCACAACUGGAAAUUCCAACAGCAUGCGAUGAACUAUGAAAGAUCCACUUGGAGUUCAGUCCUCUCUUUGUUAAGGGACGAAGGAAAUAGCAAUUCAGAUUCUGUCUCAAAAACCCAUCUCAAGGAGAGGUUUCGGAAUUUCUAUCUUGCUUUUGAGGAGGUUUACAGGACACAGACAGCAUGGCUUAUCCCUGACGCUCAGCUUCGAGAAGAUUUGCAAAUUUCAACAUCUCUCAAAGUGAUACAGGCCUAUAGAACAUUUGUUGGAAGAAACAGCAAUCACAUCAGUGACAAGCACAUUAAGUACAGUGCCGAUGAUUUACAGAACUUUUUGCUGGACCUCUUCCAAGGAUCUCAAAGAUCACUACACAAUCCACACAGGAGAUGAUAUAAGAAGAGAGUAGGUUUAUUGUUGUAUUUAAUUUUCAACAGAUGCCAGGCUUUUUAAGUUGUAUGCCUUACUCUGCUACUGUAAUCAUUAUUUGUCCCCCUAAUGCUCAUGUAACUGAUAUUCAAUUAAUAACUGGUGUUUCUUGUUCUAAAUCCCAUACAGUCCCUGUUUCUUGAA